AUGGAGAUUUGGAAAAGUUUGAGUUUUGUGUAUUUCUUUCUACUAGCAAUACAACAAGUUUUCACUAAAAGAUCAUUACCAAAAUAUUAUAUGAGUGAGUUAUGUGGGCAGACGUUACAGUUGGCACAUACACCAGUACCUGCUGGUCGUGUCGAGUUAGUGAGAAGGGGAGAUUACCGAGAUAAUAUGAAUUGUGUCUGGACAAUCAUUGCUCCGUCCAAGCAUUUUUUAAUGGUCAUGUUUAAGGACGUAGAUAUCGACAAAAGAUUUUUUAAAUGUAAUGAUUAUCUUCAGAUCUAUGAUAAUGAUAAACCAUCAGGAAAUUUUCUUAGUGGUGUAAGUAAACUAUGUGGAGAAAAUCAUCCUCGCUAUCCAAUCUAUACCAAUAAAAACGCCAUGACACUACGAUUUGUUUCUGAUAGCCGACAUGAUGAUGAUGGAUUCGAUUUAUAUUUUAAUGUCUACCAUCAAGGUCAGUGUAAUACGAGUGAAUUUAAAUGUGAUAAUGGACACUGUAUCGACAAGUCUCUACAAUGUAACGGAUACGACAACUGUGGAGAUAACAGUGACUUCUGCCCGAACCACACCUCCAGUCUGAUUGGUAUCAUCGUAGCUGUUAUAUUUAUUGUCGUUGUUAUUGUUGUUAUUGUUUAUAUUUGUCGACGUAAACGUCAGAAGAGAGGACGAAGUUUUAAGCAGAAUAAUGAUGUACCUAUGACAACCACGUUUCCUCAAUCUCAACCACAAACUACAUACCAACCACCCCAAGGUCAAGGCUAUCCACCACAAGGCUAUCCACCUCAAGGUCAAGGCUAUCCACCUCAAGGUCAAGGCUAUCCACCUCAAGGUCAAGGCUAUCCACCUCAAGGUCAAAGCUAUCCACCACAAGGUCAAGGUUAUCCACCACAAGGUCAAGGUUAUCCACCUCAAGGUCAGGGUUAUCCACCGCAAGGUCAGGGUUAUCCUCAAUAUCAUGGCUAUGGAAGUUCUGGGGGUCCUGAAGGAUAUUCUCAGGGUGCCCAAUACCCUCAACCUGGACAGUAUGCAUCACAGUACCCUCCCCCUCAGGGUCCCGAGGGCAACAUUCCCUCUGGAGCCCCACCCCCAUAUCCUGGACCCCCUAAAGAUGAGAAUGAAUUUUCUAAAGUUCCAUUAUAA